AUGCCCGGCGACGAAUCUCUUCGGAAAAACUACCGCAAAAUCGCUCGACGACCUAACCUAGGCCUAGUUGACCAGACCUUCACGUAUAAAGCGACCGAUGUGGACGAACUUGUAUCUGAGAAAUAUGAUACUUGGUCUACGUGCUUCGAUCGGUUACGCUCUUCUGCAGAGAAAAACGAGAAUGGGUUGGAAAUCUGCCUCGUUACCUCCGACACCACGCAUCUUGGCCAUGCCUUUUCAUUUAUUCACAGAAUCUUCCUUGUCAGUCAUGAUCGGUUUCAACAAGCUUAUUCCGUUCCGACCCAAAUGGUCAUCCGAAUUCUUCAAAGCCAAUGGGGAUUGAGUGAUGAAACAGUGAAUAAAAUUAUGGACAGCGUAUGUGCAAAGGAGCUUUCUCUUCCGCCAUGGCAACCAAAUUUACCAUCUCAACAAGGCUCCGUCCAGAUGCCAUUAAAGUAUACAUUUAAAUGGAUUAAUGCUCCGUACUACGCAACGGACCUUUCAGUUUAUGUGUUUCGGCCAUAUGGAAGACAUCCCCAAGUGAAGACCUUGGAUGUUGUUUCAACGUCGAUACAAUACGAGCAGAUGCGGCGGGCAGUUGUGGUUGUGAACUCUCAUAGCACCCUAACGGAGUUACGACGCGACGUUCUCCCCCAGGUUUUACAGCAUGAUGUUCCCGGUCUUCCGUAUAUAAUGCGGCUCUCUCAAGUUGCGUGUGCUAAGACCGCCGAUGAGCUCGUCACUUUUCUGACCAAGGCAUGCGACGAUAUCAAUUAUAUGGUUUACGAAGGGCGGCUUCGUCCCUCUGGAAGCAAGAUGCAAUAUCUUCGACACCUACAAGACUGCCACAACGUCGCAAAAGAUUGCAGUCGAGAAAAUCGACGUACCCUCCAGGUGCUGCUCGACCAAGUUAACUUGAUUCAAGGGCCUCGCACUGAAGAUGAGGCAAGUCUGAUCAAUGAGCUUGAAAUGUCCAUGAAUGAUCUAGAUUACCUUCAUGAUGAACUUGUGUCCUCAUUGCAAAGAAUACCCCGUGUGUGUCGAGACAUUCGCGAGCAAUUGGAUUUUGUCCAAAUACGUCGUACGACAAUCUUAGGAAUUCUCGCCGCACUGUACUUGCCGCUUGCAUUCGUGACUAGCUUUCUGGGUAUGAAUAUUGACCAAUUCACGCAAAUUCAACCAUCUUGGCGCAAUACCACCUUGAUUGAUACAACCAAUCCGGAAAAGUUCACCAUCUCCAAUUCCAAGAUCGUGGACUCCGGAGUUAACCAAGCAUGGUCUUUGGUAAACUUCUUCGAAAUUGCCAUGCCGCUUAUGGUUGGCACAAUACUUGUACCCCUUGUCAUUGGAAGUUUCAUUCGAGCGUUCCUGCAAGCGUUGGGCCGUGGAAGAACCUGGUGGCGUCUUCUGUUUGCUUUUUUUGUUGUCUGGUCAGUUACCAUCACUUUGAAGAGCUUCGGUGUCCCGAUUGCUAACGGCUGUUGCCACAGCUAUUCCAUCGUUACAGCCAUGGGUCUCCCGGGGGGAUUUUCAUGUCUGUAG